UCUCGGCGAGUCGGGAAACAAAGAGAGUAAAGGGAAGGGAGAAAAAGCGAAAAAAAAAACCUCAAGAAAGCGGGCGCGCGUGGAGCGGCCAUACAAUAAUCAUAAGUAAAUUCCACGGCGCAGCGCAGGCGGGUGUCAGGAUGACGUUGUGUGGUUUUGCAGUGUUUUAACGGGAAAGAUGUGCUUAUGAGACCCACAGUCUUGAAUUGUUCAUGAACCUAAUUUAAAUGAGGCCUACAGUCAGCAGCUGAUUCCCGAAAGUAACUGGAGCACAAUGCCGGGCAGUGGUGUUGGUGUCACCGUGGCCUCCUGGAGAACCUCUUCCCAGCCGGAGCUGUUGCUGAUGGAACCUGAUGAGAUCCGGGUGAGGUUGGCCGGCCUGAGCCUAGAUUCCUCCGCUAGCCUAGACCAAAUACCCGCAGAGACUGAGGAGGAAAUGGCCGGGGAGGAGGUGGAAGAGCUGGGAGAAGAGGAAGAGGGUGGUGUUGUCUCUCCGGACUUUAGGAGGAUGCUGGGCCGGAGUGGCGGGGAGGUUGAUGUACUAUACCCAGGAGGAGGCCUACUUUUGGGCGGAGGGUGCCAAGUUGUAUACCCGGGUGGAAGUUCAGAGCAGGCCGCGCUCAGUUUGCGCAGAAAGAGCGUCAAUACUAACGAACUAGUCCCGGUACCCAGCUCCGAGCAUGUGGCAGAGAUUGUGGGUAGACAAGGCUGCAAAAUCAAAGCACUAAGAGCAAAGACGAACACGUACAUAAAGACACCAGUUCGUGGAGAAGAGCCUAUAUUUGUUGUCACUGGAAGAAAAGAGGAUGUAGCCAUGGCCAAAAGGGAAAUUCUUUCAGCUGCUGAACACUUUUCUAUGAUCCGAGCAUCUCGUAACAAAAACAGUCAAUCGUUGGGUAGUGUGCAAUGUACACCUAACUUACCAGGUCAAACUACAGUCCAAGUUAGGGUGCCAUAUAGAGUAGUUGGGCUUGUAGUUGGGCCAAAAGGGGCUACAAUUAAAAGAAUACAGCAGCAAACACACACUUACAUAGUCACUCCCAGCAGAGAUAAGGAGCCUGUCUUUGAAGUAACAGGGAUGCCAGAAAAUGUAGAUAGAGCCCGUGAGGAGAUAGAGAUGCACAUAGCUAUGCGUACUGGCAAUUACAUAGAGCUGAAUGAAGAAAAUGAUUUCCACUUUAAUGGUACAGAUGUGAGUUUUGAGGGAAGUGGAAUUCCACCUUGGCUGAGCACUAAUCCAACUGCUCUAGGCCGUAACAGAAUGAUUUCCAACUACAGAAAUGAUAGUUCUAGCUCUCUUGGAAGCGGUUCUACAGAUUCAUUCAUUGGAAGUAACAGAUUAGCUGAUUUUAGCCCCACAAGUCCAUUUAGUGCAGGCAAUUUUUGGUUUGGAGAAACCAUGCCACCAAUGGGAUCAGAUGAUCUUGUUAAUGAUGCUUCUGCCUUUGAGUCCAUACCAUCUUCUGAGACCAUUUGGGCAUCCUUUGAUCCUGUAAGUCCUCUCUCUAGCUACGGAAACGAAGCAACCACAAAGUCUCAACGCAGAGGCAGUAUUUCUCCUACCCUCAACGAAGGUAUGGAAUAUCCUCUCACCAGAAGUAUUAGAAGUGACCUUUCAAGCACAAAUGAAGUUGGGCUUCCUAUUUACAUCCCUGCUUUCUCCAACGGUACCAACAGCUACUCCUCUUCCAAUGGUGGAUCAACAUCCAGUUCACCACCCGAAACAAGACGGAAGCAUGACUGUGUUAUCUGUUUUGAUAAUGAAGUUAUUGCUGCACUGGUUCCAUGUGGGCACAACCUCUUUUGCAUGGAAUGUGCCAAUAAGAUCUGUGAGAAAGAAAUACCUGUGUGUCCUGUAUGUCAGACCACUGUCAAUCAGGCAAUACAAAUACAUUCUUAAUUUGCAGAUGGGUACACUCUCUAGCAAUCUUAAUCAAAAAAAAAAUGUGGAAAGUUGGAAUUGGGGUACAGUUGUUUGCAAAUAUUUUGCUGCUACUACCACGCAAAACAUGGCUGCAUGUCCGAUUUAUUUUUUUUAUUUUUUUUUAGCGGGGUAACAUUUAGAAAGGUAAAUGUGGGAAGUCAAAUGUCAGUAUACGUUACAGUAAAUUAUGAUUUACAAAUCUGGUUUACAUUCUAAUUAUGUUUACAAAGGUCAAAUUUGAAACCAGUUUUAAUUUGUAAAAAGAUUUCACUGCCUUCUUUAAUAUAAUCCAUAUACUGCUCUUCUGAAGACGAACAAAUGCAGAGUGCAGGUACAUUUCUAGCAAUUUAAAUUUCUACAAUAUUUGCAAAUAACUUAUUGCCUGGCUGAAUUGUAUUUGGUUCAUACUGUAGAUCACUGUUUGUUAUUGAAACACUACCAAAUUGACUGUAGUCUUGUCAGAUUAGUGUAAUCUGAUCCAAGACCGUAGUGACAGUUGGGUUUACUUACCCACUAUUUUUUUAAAGUUUUAUGUAUAUAAAGGCCAUGGGGACUGCCUGGAAUUUCUAUUAAUUUAGAAGCUUUGAAAUGCACAAAUUGUGGCUAAUAGAAAGGGUUCUACAUUCCGUUUAUUAGUCUGAUCGAGUUCUUCUUAACCUACAAUUUUAAAGAAAACUAAUUGUAAAUGUGAAUUAUUAUUUUUUAUGUGCCACCCCGUGACUUGAAACAUUUAGCAAACCAAGGGAUGUAGAAUAGGAGUAUGUCCUCACUAAGAGGGGCCACCAUAAGCCUAUUCAAUGUCUUCUGUAGUUCAAAACUGUAUUUUGAAUCGCAGGGAAAAAGUUUAUUAAUUAUAUAAAAAUUAUAUAUAUAUAUAUUUUUUUUCUAUUUUUGCAUUUCAGCCUGUGGAUUUAUUUAGUUUUACUUCAAUCAGUUUUUAAAUGCUUGCAUCAAACAUGCAGAGAUGAAAAUAUAUAUCCCUACGGAUUUUCUAGUGAUAUUUUUAAAACUGUUUUUCUCAAAGUAAAACAAAUGGUUUUUUUUUCACAAAAACACAACUGAAGUUUUAAAGUCAGUGUACGGACUUAAAUAUAUAUAUAAAUCUUUAUUUUUUAUUUCCACUUGAAGUUACAUUUCGUAUAAAAGUUUACAAAUGUUUUUAUUUAGAUUUUUGUUUUCAGUAUAAAAUUUGCCUUGAUGGCAUAUUAUGUAAUGCAAAACAUUCAUGCUAAUUGCUUGUAGAAUAGAUAUCAGUAUUGAAAUUUUAACAUAUAGCUGCCGUCUUAAAGUAUGCACGUUUUGUCACCAAGCAUGUGUUUUAUAUUGCAUUGUACACUGCAAUUAACAGGCCAAGGAACUAACUUAUAUAUUAGAUGCGUGUACCAUUUAUAUAAACCACAGACAUUAGAAUGACAAAUUAAAAAAUAUAGUUUAGUAUUUGCUAAUUUUACUACACUUUUGUUAUGUAUAUGUAGGGAAAUAUAUAGGGAUUAUAAAUUCAGUUUGAGUAAAGGUUAAAAACCAUAUAUUUUAUGAUAUUGGGCCUUGAACUUAUUAUGGCCAAAGCACUGAUAUUAUAUAUUUGCUGUAAAGAGAAUUAUAAGAGUUUUAUUUUUCGGAUAUUAAAGUUAAUAAAGACUGUUUCCAUUAACUUAUAUUUGUGUGCUAGAUUAAAAUAUUUUAAUAUGUUUCA